AUGUCGCAGGACAAGAUGCCGGUGAUGCACAUCAACACGCUUCGCGGAGGAGAAGCGCAAGUUGUGCAACAUGUCGAUGCAGAGGAGCAAGAUAUCAAGUACCAACGCUACUACACCUUGAUGAAGGCAAUCGUGGCCGCGGAUGAGGAGUGGGAGGAUGACUACAUUUCCCGACAUCAGUUGAGAAAGAUCGUUUGGGAGAUAUACCCUGGAGACAAGGAGUUUGAGAAGUGGUUGCUUCUUCGAGUAACACAUUUUCCACGCCACUAUCCUAAUUGGAGAACUCAAUUCGUCGAGAGUACCAUUAGGAUGCACUUCAGCCGGAACGCAUUUGAGCACGAAACCAGAAGCUUCCAAGCAGCCAAUUCAAUGAACAGCCUUGGUCCAGCCCCCCAGAAUUAUAUGGUAGCAACGCUGAGCAAUGAAACCGUACGAGGUUCUGCAUUUCCAGGGCAAUCCAUCGAUUCAACCAGUGGCAUUCAGAAGUGUCUGAGCUUUACAUACCCAGGACAAAGCACUGCUCCAACUAGUAGUACUUAG